CAGGUGUAGACAAGCACACAACAGAUAGCGUCAGUACGCCGGUUGUAACACAAACUAACAGUGUAUCAAAUCUAGUCCUGUUGUCAUUUUGAGUAAACGUUGACAAAAAUGGCGUACUUUGGCGACGACAGUGGUAGUGGGAGCGGCAGUGGGAGUGGGAGUGACUCCUCCGAUAGUUCAGACGACGAGUUCCCAGAAAUAAUGGCACAGGCGAGUCCAGAGGAACAGGCAGUAUUGGGGAACCUGGCUCAACUGUCUGGUAUUCUGGGGAAAGCCAACAGGGGGCGUGACCACGGUAACUAUGACGACGGACGAAUGGCACAAUGGGGAGACGAAGAAGUUGAGGAUCCACACGGGGUAUCGGACCACCUGCAGUACCUGUCACAGCCACAGAACGUCGCUGUUCUAGAGAAGUUUGGGAUGCUGGACAAAAUGGGGCCCAUGGGCACAGCCCUGAGCAUGAUGUCCAAGACCGGCGGCGGGGGAGUCGACAAGGGCAUGCUGAAGUUCCUGGGGAAGGGGGCGAUGGGAGGCGGCCACGGGCGCAAGAAGCACAAGAAGAAGAAGGGCGGCAUGGGCGGACUGAAGAUGGGCGCGCUGGCCGGACUGGGAGGCAUGCUACUCGGAGGAAAGGGAGGGGGGCAUGGAAAACACCACAAACCAAAACCCAAGUUCGAUCUGAGUGACGGGUUCGGGAUGGAAGACAUGAAGGCGCUGGCCAAUAUGGCGAGCGGCAGCAAAGGUCACAAGAGCGGCAAGCACAAGAGCAAGGGCAUCGACCUAAGUGACGGCAUUGAUGCUAGUGACAUCUUUGCAGCAGGAAAGAUGUUUCUGAAGAAGUAACAAAUGUUUACCACGAAAAGAAAGAAAACU